AUGGCACCCAGAACUCCCAGGAAGUCCCCCCAAACGACAUCGCGCCAUAAGAUUAUGGUUGGAAUUGAUUAUGGAACCACGUUUACAGGCAAAGAAGCCGUCAUUGUUUGGAAAAAUGUCAUCGUCAUUGGAACGUGGCCUGGUCCAUCAAGAGACUCUGAAACAGUCUUCAAGGCGCCUUCACGUAUUGCCUAUCCCCUCGAUAAUCCAGCAAACAGUACCAUUCGAUGGGGGUUUCAAGUUGAACCUGGCAUGACCACUUACUCUUGGACAAAGCUGCUAGUGGACCGGAACAUUGCACUUGGAGAGUUUGAUGAUCCAACCCUUGAAGAAGCUUCGAAAACGGGAAUUUUGCAACUUUCUUGUGGCAAGUCCGCAGUGGGUGUUGUAGCAGACUUCCUUAAAGAGGUCCGAGCCCAUGUAUUAAAGAUGAUUGAAAAACGGAUCACGAAGGAGAUGCUUGGAAUCACUCCCAUUGAAUAUUGGUUUACCGUGCCAGCGAUUUGGUCGGACCAAGCAAAAGCGCAAACAAAAGCUGCCUUCAACGCGCAGGCUUUGCCUACAACAUUAAACGGCCUAAUGACCAAAUAUCCAUGCCUGAUGAUGGAGUCUUGCCCAAAAAAGGAUAUUACGACGUAUUUGAUCAACAAAGUUGACCCCAUUUUGUCUUUUGAAGAGCCUUGCACUGGAAUUGGCGGCAAAUGCGGGUCGACGGCGAUAGACAGAAAUUCGUACAGGCUUAUGUCUCGACGAUUUGGGAAAGCCUUUGAUAUGCUUCCGGCUAAAAAGAAAGGUCCAGGAAGUGAAUAUAUGAGGAAAUUCGAAAUAAUCAAGAAGGACUUCGGGUUUAACAUAGAAGAAGACAAGAUUUACGAGCUGCCGCUCAAUAUGAGGGCCAAUAAAGUGAAGGCUGAAUAUUUUGACGAUGAAGAACGCCUUGUCCUGCUUUCAAGCGAUGAUAUUCGACAGCUAUUUGACCCAGUCGUGGAUCAGGUCAUCGGGCUUGUUCGUAAGCAAAUAGAUGACGCCGAGGACGCAGAAAGCGGUAUAAUUGUUCAAAAAAUCCUCGUCGGCGGGUUUGGCGAUUCUGAGUAUCUCCGCGAGAAAAUGGAGAAGUCUUUCUGUGGCAUCAUAAUCACUGUCCCAGAUAAUCCUGAGAAAAAUGCUCACGUCGAUGAAUUCACAAGGAAAAAGAUGGUGGGUGGGAUCAUGAAAUGGAUGAUUUUCAAAGGAGAAAAAUAUACCGAAAAUCAUACGCACACCGUUGAUUACAAUCAGGUAUAUCGUUCUGGACGUUCGAUGAUAAUUAAAUCUGUGCUCUUUUCAAGCGAUUCAAACGAGGCACCUGAACGGGUUGAACGCACGAGUAUCAAAAAAGUCGGCACAAUCUGCGUGGACAUCACAGACAUUGACUCCAACCUCCUCGAGAAGAGAUUAAUCGACGGAGUGCUUUCAUAUCACGUUGAAUUCUCGGUGAAGGUCAUAUUCGGAGCUCAGGACGGUGUGUUGAGGUUUGAAACCACCUCACAGGGCAAACUUGUUGGGAAGACAACCAUCGACUUCACAAAUACCAAGUACUAUUGA